CUAGUUAAAGACUGCCCUUUUCGCUGCUCCCCGAGUCAACGGACGAUACCGAUACUUCGCAGACUUCACAUUUUUUAAAAAGCUUUUUUUUUUUUUUUGUGGUUUAUAUUUUUGAGUUAAUCUGGCAUGAUAAAAGUUCGAUUAGAGCAAUAAAGGAGGAUCGCCAUGAAUAGAGUCCACCCCCGCGUCCGGCCAUUGUGUUUUGAUGAAGUGAGACGGACUGCUUGAGCGCACUCUAGAGUGGCCAUGAGGCACUGGAGGAAAUGUCAGCUGAGCGCUAAUUUUUUGAUGGUUCUAAUCAGCCAAUCAUUUGGAGCAUUAGAUCCUGCAAUAAGUAGAGUUGGGUCUGUGCAGAGGAAUUGUUCUGACAGUGAAUACUGGAAUCCUGCGGGCUUCUGUUGUGAUAAAUGUCAUCCAGGAUUUAAGCUGGAAAAAGUAUGCCCUAAAUCGGGCACACGGUCCAAAUGUGUGCCUUGCGAGAAUGGGACAUACAUCGAUUCAUCAAACUAUUCUGAAAAUUGCUCCUCUUGUGAGAACUGCAAAAAAAAAAAUGCAGUGGUGAAAUCACAAUGUAAGAGGCACAGCAAUAGUGUGUGCGAGUGUGAGUCUGGAUACUACAUGAAUAUAAUAGACAAGCCUGUUUCUUUGACAUGGAAAUGUUCUCCCUGUAGCAAGUGUGGAUAUAAUCAGUUGAAAACUGGAGAAUGUGUUGGGCAAAAUAAUACCAAGUGCCAAUGCAAAGAAAAACAUUACCCUGUGGACAAAAACAACUGCGAGCCAUGUGUUGAAUGUCGUACAGAUGGCUGUGAAUACUUGUGCACCUCCAGCACUCCACCUAAUGUUCUUAGAUCUGACAACCCAACUAAACCUACUAACACGUUGCCUGAGGUACUGGUCCCCGUUUGCGCGUGUAUCACGGUUCUAGGAGUGGGAUUGUUUAUGGUAUACGAGGGCAUCAGGCUUUGGAGGAAGAGACAACUGGCUUUGUCACCCCAGUUAUCAUUACCUCAUUCUGAGGUGAAGUUUGAAGACAAGCCGAUGAUUGUCACGAUAUCACCAGACACAGAGAGCGUCCCAUUCACAAACCAACCGUGUAAAACUGAACUGUGCAGAGAACUUCCAGACUGUGUCCCAAGAGAAAUCAAAACUCACGAGUUCUUCUAUUUUGUGUUGGACGAGGUCCCUGUUGGACGAUUUAGAGAACUUGUAAGGAGGCUUGGUGUUUCUGAGCAGGAAAUUGAAAGGGCAGAACGAGACCACCGGUCCUUCAAAGAUGCCCAGUACCAGAUGCUGAAGGUUUGGGGUGACAGUGGGAAUGGAGGAGGGAACAACAUUUUGUCAUGUCACCUCAUCCAGAUAUUUUUAGACAUACUGAAAACCAUGUAUUUAGCUGGCUGUGCAGAUAGCAUUGAGAACAAGUUCCUUUCACAGGACAGAAGUGGUUCACACUGAAGGCCAUUGAAGAUGAAAGGAGAAAAGGGCAUUAAAAGAGAUUUUAAAGAAAUAUUUCAUUCAAAUAUGAAAAUUCUGUCUGCAUUUACUCACCCUCAUGUCACUCCAAACCUGUAUGACUUUCUUUCAUCUGCAGAACACAAAAGGAAAAUUAUGAAAGUAUAUCCGGGUUUCUUCUUUUUUUUCUAUUUUUUUUUUUGCAAUGACAGUGGAAAGUGAUUCCACUUUUGAGCUUCAAAAAGGACCCCAAAGGAUCAUAAAAGUAGUCCAUGUGACUUUAUUCAGUCAGCAUUAUUCAGUGAAAAGUGGAAUCACCUUCCACGGCCAUUAUAAAAAAAAAAAGAAGAAACCAGGAUAUACUUUAAAAAUGUUCCUUUUGUGUUCCUUAGACCAAAGACAGUCAUACAGGUUUUACCACAUGAGGCUUAAUCUUAGGUUUAAGUAUUUCUUUAAAUGUUCACUAAAUACCAUUACAUUUUUUUUAGAGUGGAGGUGUAAUUAUAGUUGUAUUAUAACACCGGUCAUAUUUCCAGUUUCGUCAGAGAUUUCACACUAAAGUUUUUCCUUUUUUUUAUAUUGUUUAUGAACAUACCAUAGUUCUGUGUUAUGCGUUGAUGCAAUAGUGUAAAGGCUUGAGUGUGGUAAUUGCUUGUAUAUAUGAAUGAGGGUGGUGCUGUGCAGAUUUCUGUUGGUUUGAUUGUAGGAAUAGAUGUCUGACUCUUGAAAGUUUCUGCAUAUGUUCCUCAUAUGUGUACUGUUUUCCAGUUCCCCUUCGAAUAUAAUAGGGUAAAUUAAAAAAAGAAAUUAUAUUUAAUCAGGACAUUUAAAUUUUAGGUUUUUGUCAUUCCCAUUAUUUUCAAUGGUGAUAUUUGAUUAUUAAUGGCACUGUACAAUGCAAAUACAAAGAUUAAAAAAAAAAAAAAAAAAAAAAAAAUUAAAGGCAGUGCAACAAAUACUUCCAUGAUGUAUAAUUAACAUUUUAUAUAAUAUAUCAUAGUUUUUUUUACAUUUCAGUAAUUAGAAUUAGAUCAUUUUUGUAUUAUGGAAAUUGAGCAGGGGUGUAUGAAAAUACAUAAAAAACACUUUUUUUAUAAAAUCUUAAUGACCAAAAAUAAACAAAAUAUAAUCAUCUUUUUUUAUUUUUUGCAUUGAAUGUGGGGUGAAAUAUAAUCUAUAGACAUGUUCAUGAGAUUUACCCAAUAAUGUUUCUGUCUGCUCAUGUUGUAGUGCUAAGACUAUUUUCACCACAAAGUGUUGUCUAUAGCAGCACUUUUGUAUAGCUGUAAGUUUACUGUGUAUCAUUCAUAUCAGCUUCACAUGGGCUAUUGCAGUAAUAUGGUGCUUCAAAGAAAUUAAUCAAAAGUUCAAAUCUAUAUUUGUGCAAUAAAGAUUGUUUGUGCACAGAUUGCUAAUACAGACUGC